AUGUGUCAAGAGCUUCCUCAAGGUACUAAUAAUGAUAUUGAUAUUGACAAUGAUUACCUCAAUCCUCGAAAGAUGAAGGCUUAUUUCUCAAUGGGAGCUUAUGAUGCUAAAGCUAGAAGCUCUUCUACUGUUGCUGGUGAUUUUUCGGCAUCUCCUCUGAAAAAGAAAAGCAAAAUCAUAUUUGAUAUUAAUGAAUUAGUGGAAAAAUGGAGUUUACCCAUUGAGGGAGUUAGAGAAAUAAAGGUAGAAUCUAAUGUUGUUCAUAAACAAAGAAGAUUGUCUAUCCACCAAACUUGCUCAAGCUCUUGCCUCUGCUAA